UGAUUAGUAAAGAAUUGGUCAUUUAAAUUCGUAUAAGUCCAAUUCAUUGCCCAGGCCGUGGAACUUAUGUAACUCAGGAUUUUAAUAAUUACGAAACUUACUGGAUAGAGGAUCGAAUCGCCAGUGAAGUCCACAUACGCUACAACAACGGAACACAAUAUCAAGGAUCACUUGGAGUUGACGGCAAAAUGUUCGGAUUUGGCAUCUAUACAUUCAUAGACAAUUCUGUUCUUCGUGCAACCUGGGAUCAGAACAAACCGGCAAUAGAUGUUGUUCUUAGAGAGUCUUUAGGAUCCAUUUGGAAUGGUCUCUGUAAUGAUAAAGAAAUAAUGUUCACCUCUGGCAAUCAUUUUUGGGAUGAAAUCAGCACUCCAGAAGAGAAGAGCCAUCCAGAUACUGAAGUGAAACUCGACAACAACGAAUUUAAACUCAAUCAAUGAUUUAGGCUUAAUCAGAUGCAGAAUUAACGGCAGAAUUAUAUAUUUGAAGAUA